UCAUGUUCUUACAUGGGUGGGCACAUCAAGUUCCGCCCACGCGAUGUCGCGAGCAGCAGCCUUCUCAGCGACGGCUCGCCAAGAGAGAGUAGCAGAGUCGCCCUCCGCCGGCAGCAGCCGCCAGUUCUGGGGCAGCGCCCGCGCGAGCGCGCGACGCAGGCCGGGGAGCUGUGAUGAGCCGCCGGUCAGACUUACAGAAGCGACGUCCUUUGUACAGAUACUCCGGGCGAGCCCGACGAGGCCCUUCAGGUUCGAGGGGGCCUCGCCCAGGGCGGCCUCGAGGGCGUCGCUGCCGCGGCGCGGGUCCAUCAGGACGGCAACACAGCUUUCAGCGUGGUCGGUCGCCUUGCGCGCCUCGGCUCUAGCAAUAGACGACAAGCGGUAUGGGUCCGCGUCCUCCAAAUUCAGCUGCACGAACCGCGUCAGCGCGGCGCCCGCGAGGCGCUGGUGCGCCCAGCGCCGCUUCGUGGCGGCCGUCGUUCUAAAUAAUCCCACGUCGAUGGCCACGUCCGCAUUUAGUGGAGGGUCCUCGGGGCACGACCGGCGUCGUGCCUGCUGUGGCCUGGCCGGGCACACACCGCUCUCAGGUACCUUCGCGUUCCGCGCGGUCCCGCAGCGCCUCCCGCUCCGACGGCGUCGGCCGCGUGCUGCACAGGGCUAUCGGUGCCGCGGCGGCUGGCAGGAGAGUAGACGCUCUGCGAAGCGCCAUUGCUGCACAGCGAUCGAAGACGUGCACGAAACGAGGGCUGCGCGCACGAAACGAGUGAUGCUGUCACGAACGACUCAGGAGCCGGCUGUAAUGGCCUCAGCGGGCCAGCACGCGCGCGAGGCAGCUUAGCCGAGCUAGCGGAUGUAAG